UUUUUAAAUAGUGGUGACGUGGACGCCAUCAUUGAUCCACAAGACUGAAACUCCGUUUACCAUAGAGAAGAGAGAUUGAAAUUUUGAAAGGAAGUCGUCAUGGAUGUCUCGGGAAGCUUGACGUGCGUCGUCGUGGCGGUAGAUGGAAGCGAGGUGAGCAUGGAAGCUCUGAAGUGGGCGCUAGACAACCUCAAGCUCUCAUCGUCUUCUCCCGAUUCAUCAUCAUCAUUCGUCGUCCUCCACGUCCAGCCUUCGCCUUCUAUCGCCGCCGGAGUCAACCCCGGCGCAAUCCCCUUCGGUGGUCCCAGUGAUGUGGAGGUUCCUGCUUUCGCAGCUGCGAUCGAGCAACACCAGAAGAGGAUCACGGAUGCUAUACUCGAGCACGCUCGUCAAAUCUAUGCUGAUAGAUCGGUGAAUGUGAAAACGCAAGUGGUUGUUGGAGAUCCCAAGGAUAAGAUCUGCGAGACUGUUGAGAAUUUGAACGCUGAUCUACUUGUCUUGGGUUCUCGUGCUUAUGGCCCUAUUAAGAGGAUGUUUUUGGGAAGUGUAAGCAACUACUGCACCAACCACGCUCAGUGUCCUGUUGUAAUAAUUAAACCCAAGGAGGAUUCUCCUGAAUGAUCAGGAGAUAUGUGUGCAUAUGCAAAGGGGAUAUCAAACCCAUCUUUGUAUGUUUGUGAAGCUAUGGAAGCAAAGCGAAGUAUCCAAGGUGUUUUUACAUGUUAAGGCAUUGGUGUGUGAAUGUAAAAUUUAAUAUCUACAGAAACAUUGGGUGCAUCAUCAGUCUCAGUCUCAGAAUAUGUGUUGUACUCAAAUACGUGUGUUGUACUCAUAUUGGUUGGAUCAUCAGUCUCUCGGGCUCAGAAUUUGUGUUGUACUCAAAUAUGUGCUGUACUCAUAUUCAUCGUUUCUAUUGACAUAUGGUGAAAGUUAAAUGAUGUGAGUUGCCGUCGCAUCCAUCA